AUGGCUGUCUUUUGGUACUUUGCUUCCAAAUUCUUCUCUCCCAAAACCGAGCCUUCCCACCUCAUCUCCAAUCUCUUUCACAAGCCCGAGCCCCUGGUGUGGCUGAUUAUUAAGGAUAUGUGGUUAUAUGUCUAUGAACAUGAGAAGUUCAAUGAGUUUGGCAACGAACAGGCACUUAUUUGGCAUGAAAGAAAUAUUCCGUAUGCAGUUUGGGGACCGGAGAGUACCAGGUCUCUUACUUUGAAGUAUUAUCCAUCUGAGAAGUAUGGAGUGAAGCGUGACCCUGAGACCCUAGACAUUGUAAACACUACUGCUAUGCAAAAACAUAUUAUGGUGAUCUCGAAGAUCUACUGGGGAGAUGCUCGUGAGAAGAUAUGUGAAGCAAUUGAUAAGAUUCCUCUAAGCUGCCUUGUUAUAGGAAACAGAGGUCUGAGCAAGCUUAAGAGGGCCAUAUUAGGUAGUGUGAGCAACUAUGUGGUGAAUAAUGGUUCUUGUCCUGUUACAGUAGUGAAGCAGGUGGAGCAUGAACACUAG